GUGGAUCUGAGGAGGGUGACCUUGAGGGAAAGCUGAAAGUCCCGGCAGGAUGGAUGGGGAUAAGCAGAAGGGUCCGUGGUGGUGACUUCUUCCUCUCUCUCGGCAGUCCCCUCCCUACAGUUCUGGCAGCUAUGACUCGGUCAAGACGGAGGUCAGCGGGUGUCCCGAAGACCUGACCGUGGGCAGAGCUCCCACCGCCGACGACGAUGACGACGACCACGACGACCACGAGGACAACGACAAGAUGAACGACUCGGAGGGCAUGGAUCCCGAGCGGCUAAAGGCUUUCAAUAUGUUUGUGCGUCUCUUCGUGGACGAGAACCUGGACCGGAUGGUGCCCAUCUCCAAGCAGCCCAAAGAGAAGAUCCAGGCUAUCAUCGAAUCCUGCAGCCGGCAAUUCCCGGAGUUCCAGGAACGAGCUCGCAAACGCAUCCGCACUUACCUCAAAUCUUGCCGUCGCAUGAAGAAGAACGGCAUGGAAAUGACUAGGCCGACCCCUCCUCACCUGACCUCAGCCAUGGCCGAGAACAUCCUGGCAGCUGCUUGUGAAAGUGAGACACGGAAAGCAGCCAAGCGGAUGCGGCUCGAGAUCUAUCAGACGUCACAGGACGAACCAGUUACCCUCGAGAAGCAGCAGUCCCGGGACUCGUCCACCUCCGUCACGCAUUCGUCCUACUCACUGCCAGCCUCCUCCUUCUCCCAAGACCCCGUCUACAUCAACGGGAGCCUGAACUACAGCUACCGCAGCUAUGGGACGCUGGGAAACACUUUGCAGCCGACUCCUUCCCUCCAGACAGGAAAUCACAGUAACGGCCCCACUGACCUCAGCAUGAAAAGCGGAACGUCCAGCACCACCCCGCCAGCCAACAGCACGAACCGGGGGGUGCCGGCCGCCCAGCUCAGCCCGACCGAGAUCAGCGCCGUCCGGCAGCUGAUCGCCGGCUACCGGGAGUCGGCCGCCUUCCUCCUCCGCUCGGCAGACGAACUGGAAAACCUCAUUUUACAGCAGAACUGACUGCUGGCCACCCUGGGGCUCCUGUGCCGGAAGAGACUUGUUGUCCACCAGACUUUCGUGAUAAAUCUGCUCAGGACUGGCCGAUCUUCUGCCUCUCUCACCGACCGACCG